AUGUCAUUGUGUUUCAUAGUAGUCGCUAGUUUGUUGACAAUUCCAGGCAAUACGUUGGCUUUGCCAUCGCCUCCUGUUCAACUGGAGCAACACAUGAACAACGCCUAUGGUCCUGCUAUUCAUAUCAGUUCAGGUGUACUACAAUUAGCCCCACCCGAUGAGCAAACCCAGUUGCUUCUGAUGCCCAGCCUGUACCCAACGCCACCUCAUCCAAUAUGGUCUCAGAUCUACUUGGAUAAUUUGCCAACCUCACCCAUUUUACCCACUCGCGAGUCGCAGCACAUUUCGAUUAGCGAUAAUGUAGAUUUUCCUUCACGUCAUGUGAAUCUCAAUGAGUUGAAGUUGACUCUGGCUCAGCAUCAGUUGGAUCAGCUAAAACCUCAUUCCCAUGGACGUUGA